UAUAUUUUAAUUCUAUGUCGCGAUGUGUCACUGCAGAAUAUAUAUAAUGUAUAUAAUGUAAAUUAAAUGUAUAAUGCAGGUGUUCAUUUUUCAUUGGACCGUGGUGUGCAGAGCACGUGUCAAGGGUUGAUAUUUUCAACUGCAGUACUUACCAGUACUUACCGAGAUUGUGUUACUUCUAGUCCCCUGCAUCGGGUUUGAAAAAAAAUCGAAGGGUCCUAACAUAUUUUACGAAAAAUGCCGACAAUAGGAAUAAAACGGGACCUACUCUUUAACGCACUUGGCAAAUCCUACACGGACGAUGAGUUCCAGAAAUUAUGUUUCGCUUAUGGUCUAGAGUUGGAUGAAGUGACAACCGAGAAGCAGAUGAUAUUUAAAGAACAAGGAAUUGAACCAAAUAUGGGCCCUUCUGAGGAAAUUAUCUAUAAAAUUGAUAUACCAGCUAAUCGAUACGAUCUAUUAUCCCUCGAAGGUCUCGUGAAUGGCCUGCUUAUAUUUUUACAGAAGAUACAGUCACCACAAUACAAACUAGUAAUUCCAAAAAACGGGAUGCAGAAAAUCGUAAUGACAAAAAAUUGUCUCAUGGUGAGAGGACAUCUCGUUGCAGCCAUUUUAAGGGACGUAUCAUUCACUAAAGAUUCUUAUAACAGUUUCAUCGAUCUACAAGACAAGUUGCAUCAAAACAUUUGUCGUAAGCGUAGUCUUGUUUCGAUUGGAACUCAUGAUUUAGAUACAAUAAAGGGUCCCUUUAUUUAUGAUGCUAAACCACCAAAGGAAAUAUUCUUCAAACCUCUCAAUGAAAAAAAGGAAUAUACCGGAGAAGGAAUCAUGGAUCUGUAUGCCCAUCAUGCUCAGCUGAAGCAUUAUUUGCCAAUUAUUAAGGACAGUUCUGUGUACCCAGUGGUCUAUGACAAUAAUGGAACAGUAUUAUCGUUGCCUCCAAUUAUUAAUAGCGAUCAUUCGAAAAUAACAUUGGAUACAAAAAAUAUUUUUAUUGAAUGUACCGCUAUCGAUCUUACGAAGGCAAAGGUGGUAGUAGACACGCUAGUCUGUGCAUUUAGUAAAUACUGCAGUGAAAAGUAUACGAUAGAAGCUGUGGAAGUUGUAUAUCCCGAUAACAAAAGUUACUACUAUCCGGAAUUGAAAUAUCGAACAGAAGAGGUCGAUAGUAACAUGGCAACGAGUUAUAUUGGCAUCGAGCAAACUCCUGACCAAGUAGCCCAGUUACUUUCAAAAAUGAGUCUGAAGGCACACGUUAAAGAUGGUGCAAAAUUACUCGUCGAAAUACCUCCGACGAGGCACGAUGUGAUACAAGCUUGUGAUAUUUACGAAGACGUGGCCAUUGCUUAUGGCUAUAACAAUAUUCGGAAGACCAUACCUCAGACGUCGACAAUUGCAGAGGAGUUCCCACUGAAUAAGUUAUCCGAUCAAGUAAGAGAGGAACUGGCUCAUGCUGGGUUCACCGAAGCACUGACAUUCUCUUUAUGUUCUCGGGACGAUAUUGCUGACAAACUAGGCCACAACAUAAAGGAGAUACCAGCAGUUCACAUAUCAAAUCCAAAAACGCUGGAAUUCCAGGUAGCACGAACUUUGCUAUUGCCCGGAUUACUCAAAACGUUAUCAGCGAACAAGAAAAUGCCUCUGCCAUAUAAAUUAUUCGAGGUUUCGGACGUGGUACUUCGCGAUCUUACGGCAGAAGUUGGGGCUCGCAAUGAAAGGCGUUUGUGUGCUGUAAACUGUAAUAAAUCUGCAGGAUUUGAAAUCAUCCACGGUCUCCUUGACAGAGUGAUGCAAGUUUUGGAAGUACCGUGGAGAUCAAACAAGGACUCUAGUGGAUACUACUUGCAAGCUGCCGAGGAUCCAACAUACUUCCCACAGCGAUGUGCAGAGAUAGUGGCCUAUGGCGAAGUAAUUGGUAAAAUGGGUGUAAUACAUCCCGAUGUAAUGUCAAUGUUCGAGUUGAAUCUACCAUGCUCGGCACUGGAGAUCAACAUCGAGCCUUUUCUGUAACUAACACAGAAGUUUUUUCACUCAAUCUUUCUCUGCUACAAUUAUAAACAAAUGCAUUUGUACCGAAAAUUUUGCGACAGUAAACCGCCUACAAAAAAUA